AUGGAUCUUGGCUUUCGUUUUCGACUCUUGUAUCGAGUCGUUUUCUUUUGCUUUUGUCUGAUUUUCGCCUGUUUUUAUCAUGGUGGUGGUUCAAGAUAUGACCGGUGCGAAGAUAAAACAGAACUGAACAAAUUAAAAAUGAAAGAAGAAUUUAAUGAUAAACCCUUGAAUGCUGAGGACGAACGCGCCUUUCAUUUGACAGAAAAUGCUAAACAAAUUGAUGGUCGCAAGGCGGGAAAGAAAACUGAUCCAGUUUCAAAGAUGGUUAGAAAAGGUAAAUGUUGAAAAUGGGAGAAUGUUUGAAAUUCGGAAGGAGUAAUUGUUAACCAUAAUUUCGUUUUUAGAAACUGCGAUGAAAACACUCCGAAGUGAUAGAAUACGGAAGAGCCCAGUACUGCCUCUUUCAACCCCAUCGCUGCCCGUGAGUCCUGUGGUAAAAGUUCCACGCGAAGAAUCGACUAACAUAUCCCACUCAAGUGAUACAACAUGGCAAAACAAUUUCAAUGGCAGCAAAAAUGUAUCUCCAUUGGAAAAUCGAAAUUUCAGUCCCCUGAAUGACAUGACAGGAACAGCUGAAAGAGAAAAGUUCGCUUCACUCACAACUCAACAUAUCCGGAGCAGACGUGAAAUUGAUGCGACCUCAGAAAGCAAUGUUGGUCCGACCGAAUACGCCAAACCCAGGAAUGAUAUGCCGAUAAGAGCAAUCAUUGUAAUGUGCGCUUUCGUACUUUCUUAUAUUUCUUUGGUAUUGUUGUUGAUAGUUUAUGGCAUGCUUCCUGAACUUCGCACUCUGCCUGGGUUGAAUUUAAUGAGUUUAAGCUUCGCGUUUUUGUUCUGGCAGUCCUAUCGUGUAGUAGUAGUUUCGCUGUAUAUGCGUGCAGUUGAAAUGAAUAAUAUGCUUUGUGCGUGGGAAAAAAUGACAAGUUGGUUUUCUGUGUAUGCUAUACUUAUGAAUUCUGCUGUUAAUGUGUAUCACUUAGGAAAAACCUUUUGUGCCAAUAUUCUAGUGAAAUCUGAUGAAAAAAAGUGGAAAACCUUUCUGAAGUAUAGUCUCUUUAGCUGGGGUGUUCCUGUCAUUAUAACUAUUGUCCACAUUGUACUAGUAACGGUUGAUGCUUUAAGGUUUUAUCCAAAUAUUGCUGGCACUGAUUGUGUAGAUAAUGAUGUUAUUCUGCCAUUUGUACAUGUACUUCCAAUUAUCCUUGUGUUGCUGUACAUUAUUAGAAAGUUUUACUUCAGUGCUAAUCAACUUCGCCAAAAUCUCAAGGCUGCAAGUAGUAGCAUCGCAGAGAAAUCAAAUAUUGUUAAGAAUCGCAAUAGCUUUGUCAUAAAUCUUAAGCUGUUCACUAUUACUUCCUUAACCUAUUGGUUGCCUCUCACGAUCGGAGCAUUCAUUGAUAAUGUUCACGUACAGGCAGCGUUAACUGCUCUAGCGUUCCUUACUGGUUUCUAUAUAGGUCUUGCGUUUGUCUUUACAAGAAAAAAUUACAAAUUGCUGAAGAAGAAAUAUUUUCCAGCAAAGAAGAAGCCAAUUAAGAAUAAUACUGUGGUAGGGAUGUGA